AUGCGUGCGAUGUGGUUCAAAGUUUUCUGCUUGGUUGUUGUUUUUGGCACCCAAAUUUACACAGUCGUCGGUCAACGUAAAACCACUGUAGUGAAAACCGUUGAUCCCAACAUUGCACGAGAUCGAAAAAAUGCGAAGUGUGUAGAAGAAUGGCACGCAAAGGGUGCCAUUGGCGAUCCAUUCGGGUGCCAGGUGGGACUGAAGAGCUUCGACGUGAUGGAACCGGAAACCAAACAGGCCGCCAAUUCGCUUCCCACAUCUACCUUCGAGGUGCGAUUAUGGCCAAAAGCGAUCGUACCGUACGUUUUUGGAGCAGACUUCACUGAGUUGGAGAUAUUUCUGAUAAAUCACGCAAUAUGGCAGUUCAACACACAGACCUGUAUCCGAUUCGUUCCACGCACCAAUGAACCGUACUAUGUCACAUUGAAGAAUGAUGCCUCGGGUUGUUGGUCCUACACUGGGCGAUAUACGAACAAUCAAUGGAAUCGUGUGAAUCUGCAGUCACCAUGCUUCUCGCAAGGACCAGGAAUGGUUGUUCACGAGCUGAUGCAUUCAGUCGGCUUUCAUCACGAGUUUAUUCGACCGGAUCGGAAUGAGUACAUCUGGGUCAACGAAAGUGCCACGAUUGGUUGGUCCAUGGUUUCGAAGAACUUUGAGGUUAAAAAGUCCGAAGAAUCAGAAGUUUAUGGCACCGAAUUCGACUACGGGAGCGUGAUGAUGUACUCUCGAUAUGCGGCAGCCGGUGGACCCGAUGAAGCUGUGAUGGUUAAUCUGAAACCAUGGGAUCCCGAACAAGACUUUGGUAACAAAACAGGCUUCUCAUACAACGACUUAAUCCGCAUCAACUAUAUGUACUGUAAUGGAACAAAAUGGGACAUUGCCGUUCGAAAGCCAUUUUCCCUUCCAAUCCCGCUGGAUGAUGGGAAGGACCAAGUACCCGAGCGGCCAAGACCGCCAAAGGAUUACCCACCCCAAUACGCGUCCAUUGGAGAUUUGCACUACGACGAUUGAUCCUAUGCUUGAACCGUGAGCCAUGCCAGCCGCAUGGGGAUCGCAACAUGGGCCGUCGGUGAACCCGGUGGGCUUUGACUGGAUCGUAAUUAAACCAAUAAAAUUUUCCACACA